AUGAAGGUUUACAUGUCCCUUCUUCUCGCACUAGCCGCUUUCUCAAUGGCCGAGGCAAGCCCAAAUCUGCAAGAAAGAGCCGGAUGCUCCCAGAAGGGCCAAUACUGCAACGGCGGCACAUUCCUCUGCUGUCCAGGCCAGGGAAGCUGCUCUGGCAAUGUGUGCAAAUAA